GUAGGCUUUUUGUAUUUGUUUUCCUUUUCCUGAUUUUUUCUCAUUUCGCGUUGUAUUCCCCAACACCAAAAUAAACCUCUGUCCCUCCCAUCUUUUCCUUCCACGCACAGCACACACAUUCUCAGCCAGCAUCGCUGUUUCCCCAUAUUUAUUCAUCCAGGGAAGAGGCAAUUUAUUGCUCCUUUGAUUCAUUCAUACUGUUUUUUCCGUUAAUUUUUCUUUAAUAAAACUGGGAUCUUGUCCCUAUCAACAAAUGCUCGUUGCGAGCGAGGUAAUAGUAUGGAUUAAAGUUGAAUUAGAUGUGAUACUUUUGAUUUAAACUUGAGAGGUUUUCGAUUGAACUGAGUCCUGUUGAAAAUUGAUUUUAUAAUUUUACUUCUGGUUCUGGACAUUUAAAGGUUUUUUAAAAUUGGAUGGAGCAUUAGAAUAAUUUCGUGAUCCGAUUCUUCAUUCCAAAGCGAAUUCAAUCUUUUCUCGCCGCUUUGCUGGAAAGUGCUGAAUUUUGGCCCCUUUUUAUUCCUUUUCCGCGAUGGAACCGAAAAUUCACUUUGAUUAGUUGAAUUGGAAUUUUCCUUUUUGCACUUUCGGAUUUAGGGUUCUCGGCACUUGCGUGAUUGGUUUUGUUUUGUUGGAUAUUAUCUAGGGUUUUCGAAUCUGAUCUUGGUAAGGAGGCGGAUUUGCAGUUGGAAUUGUGGUUUUGAUCAGCAAAUUGGGAACUUUCGGGGAUUCAGUUACAAAUCCUGAGGUCUUGGGGCACUUGUGAGGCGACAUCAACUUAGUCGGUUUCAAAGCUGAUGGGAGUUGGCUUUGAUCGUAAGGAGCGUAAGAAUCCCCGUUUUGAGUGUCGAGGAGGCCAAGGUGAUGAUCAUCAAGUGUCAUUCGCCUAGUAGACCUGUCCUAAGAUCCUCAAUCAGGAAGCAAUAGUCGUUUCACGAGAUGCCCUUUGGAUUAACAUAGUGUAGUUGCAGAAGCUUUUACUGCAAGAGCUAUAGAUAUCAGCACUUGGUAUAUCUUGAUCAGUUGCCAACUGUACUCAGUUAAUACCUAGCCUGCUAUUGGAGUUGAGUUUGGAGUUUUUUGUGUUGUACAAAAUUUCUUGUGUUUGUAUAUUGAAGAAUUUAUUCAGUUGAAGUUGGAGUCCGUCUGUUCGGUUUCUUGGACUUGGUCACUCGGGUGUAAAGCUUGAGCUAGCAAGAGGGUGAUUAGGGUAUAAGGAUCAGUACAAGCAGAAAUAGAUGGUAGAGUACUGAAGCUGGAAGUCAAUGUGGGGUCAUGGUGCAUGGACGGAGAUUUAAUCACUGGUCUGUUCCCGCUUUGGAACUCUGCUAUUCUAGAAAAGUAAUCCAAGAACAUUGUUUUCUUGAUUGUAGUUAUUUCAUUUCGACGGGUAAAGUGUGCAAUGUCUCGCUGCUUUCCAUUUCCACCACCGGGAUAUGAAAGAAAGCACAUCCCCGAUGACUUGGACUUAUUAAAAGAGGCGAAGCGCAAAGAAAAAAAGCACAAAAAGGAGAAAAAGGAUAAGGAAAGAAAGAAAGCUAAAGAGAGAGAUGGAAGUGAUGAGAAAAAACAUAGGGACAAGAAAGACCGAAAAGAAAAACAUAAGGAAAAGAAGAAAAAGAAGGAAAAGCAAAGAGACAAAAAGAAGGAUAAGGAGGGUUGUGGCAAAGACAAGGACAAAAGCAGCAUAUCCGAAGAGUCUACAGUUGCAGGGAAACUUGAGGAUAGAAGUGGAGGGAAGCUUCAGCCAAAAGUACACAACAAAGAUAGAAGUGGUUUUGGGAAUGAAGCAAGAGGUUCUAGUCCGUUUCAGGGUCAAAAUGGUGGGAAGCCUUCACAAAGCUUUUUGUCUUCCCAGUUCAAUGCGGAAUCAAAAUUCAUUCAGGAACUGGACAGGAGGAUCAGGGAUGAUCAAAGGAGUGGUGGGAGCCAGUUACCUGAGAGAGUUGCUGUUCUGGACAAUAAAGAUCAAGAGGUGGUAUUAAGAGGUGCCAUCAGAAACUCUUCAGGACUGCUGGUAGCGGAAAAGGGUGAUAAUAAAAAUAAGAGAACUGAGAAACAAAAUGACGCUCAAGGGGUGAAAAAUGAUUUUGGUGGAAGUAAAAUGAUGCAGAGCCCUAUGCCAAAUCCCAAAGCUAAAGUUGAAGGGGUUCUGAAAACAGUGGAAGAACAGAAUGGGAGGAGGUGGGAAGACAGGGAGAAAUUUAAGGAAACAGGUGUUGUUAAGCAGAAAGAUAGGAUUAAGGAAAGCCCCUUGAAGGAAAAUGACAAGGACAAAGAGAAGAAAAAAGAAGAGAAUGCAAAGAUUAGAAAAGGGGUUAAGAAUAGCAGUCAGAACCUGAUUAAAAAUGAUGGGAGUAAUGAUCCCGGCAGCAUUACUGGUAAACAUAGCGUGGACCUGUUGAAGGAAACCUACAGUAAUGCUGGUAAUGAAGGAAAUUUCAGGAAAAGAAAAGAUGAAAAUACAAAUGGUUUCCUCCAUGAGAGUGAUAUCAGGCCAAAUAAAAUUCAAAGACUUGCUCCUCACCAGUUGACAGAAAACGGAAGGAAACUCGAUCCUUUCCAGACUCCCAUGAAACCUUCUCAUAAUAAUCACAUUAUCCCUAAUAAUGCUAGAGUGGAUAAUCUCGAGAGGUUGAUGAAUGGCUUCACCGGAGCCCAUAAACCGUCGCCAGAGAAGCCAAAAUCUUCUGCAGUAGUAGCUAUGAUCAGCAACCAGAUUGCUGAAGCUUCAAAGGUACCUGGUCAUGAUCCCCCUUCUGUGAACAAGGCCCUGAAGGUGCCGAAGAUUGAUGACCUAAUAGCUGAAGCAUCAAGAAGGCCUCCCCAUCCUGAUGCCAAGUACCUGGCCGAGGUACUAACAGUACCCAAGGUGGAGGACUGGUGUGAACCUGACCACCAGGACUGGCUGUUCACCGAGAAAGGUCAUGCUGGUAUGCGUAAGGUGGAACAAGUCAGUGACAAGGACGACCAGCACGUUUGGUCAGAAGCUGUACAUAUUGAGUCAGCAGAUAUUUAUGCUCUGCCUUACGUGAUCCCUUACUGAUUUCUGGUCCAGUUGCUACCUUCUGCUGUCUUAUGGCCUGAAUGCUGAUCACCAACGAGAGCUGGCUUAUCUAGUUGGCCGUUUUGCUGUUGCACAGGCCUAAAUCUUGCAUGUGUCUAUACUGAUGACCAUGAGCUGGCAGUGUGGUGUCUCUGUUAAAGAUCGGGUGCAGCUUGGAGGUUAGGGCGGUUGUGAGACUGCCUAACCUAGUCCCUGAUCUACCCGUGACACGACCUUGGGAUUGAUUCGAGGUGCAACUCCAGCGUGCACGAGAGUUGUCACAGAGAGCUCUGCUAAUGUAUCCCUGGGUUUAUUGAGUGUAGCUCUAGAGUCGCAUCAUAACAAUUUUGGGUUGUAACAUAGAACUCUAAAUUUACAUCAAAAUGUAAGAUAGGGGGAAGGAGAGGGAUGGGGUUGGGUUAGUUCCAUUCAUUUGAUUAUAACUGAGAUGUAAUUGUUGUUCAUAGUCCCACUCGGCUUCUAUAUAAUAUGACUGGUGCUUUUACA